ACGUCCUACUAGCCAAAAUGCAACAACUACAGAGAGAGCUCAAAACGGCCAAUGAGUUGAACACAAAACUUCUUCAAGAACAGGAAGAAUGUGAGCAGGAAAUUGAGUCUGUUGUUCGAACAAAUACAAGUCUCAAAGCCCAGCUUGCAACUCAAGAUGUCGAAUUCGAAGAUAUGCAGGGGCAGCGAGAUGAAUUACAGGCCAUCGUUGACAGAUUCAAGCAAUGUCAGGAGAUACACGAGCAGGCACUGCAACGCAUCCAGGACCUGGAACAGCAGCUGGAGGAGUCAGAAGCAAAAAUGACUUGCAAGUAUUGCUCGGGCCAGGCCAGACCGACGGAUAACAAUUUAAGUAUUUUUGCAGAACUUAAUAGUUUUGAGUUAGAUUUUGUUCAUAAUGAAACAGUGUGUUCCCCAAUAGUAGAAAGUUUAACAAGUCCUGUAAAAUGUCCCGCCAAUGAGGUUAAUAAAAUUAGUAUGAAGGGAUCCAACAAAAUCAAAAAAUAUCUAAAAUUAAGUAGAUUCAUAAGGAAAUCAAAACUUUUACUGAAACGCCAUAAUUUAGUAUUCAAGAAAUUUCACUCCAAGUUAAGUAAUUUGGCCUUAAGUGAUGAACUUUUAAUUUGUCAGCAUCAAUUGGACCAGACAGUCGAAGAGUUGAAUCAUCGCUCUAAUGAAAUAAGAAAAUUAGAACUAAAGUUAAAAGACCUCAAUAAUAAAGAGGAACUCUCAAGUAAAGCAUUGCAGGAAUACAUAGCUUUUAUGAAUGAUGUUCUAGUGCCGGGCAGCGGGUACCCGUUGCGCAUGGAGUCACCGCGGCCUACGACGCGCCCCGUCGAGCCGGAGUCGCCCGCGCUGCGUGCCGCGUUGGCCGCGCCGGGGACACCCUCCCUGCGCGCCCUGUUCGCCAAGCGCCUCUCCCUCGCGUCCGAGCCGCGCCGCGACCGCGAGCCCGCCGUCCGCACCGCGGCCUCGCCGCCGUCACGGUCGCGCCUCGCGGAGCCGGCCCCGCCGCCGCCGCCGCGCGCCGUCGAGUCGGCUCCCUCGCCGCCGAGCCUCGCCAAGCUGGCUCUGGCGCUGCUGACCUACGUCGAGCCCUCUCCGUCGCCGCCCGCCACUGCGCCGCCGCCGCCGCCGGGCGCCGCACCCUGCCGUGCGCCCGCCACUGCCCCGGCACCGCCGCCGCGCCCGCGCCCGCGCGCCGCCCGCACCGUGCUGUACAGUGACGAGGCGGGCGUCGGCCUGGGCGCGCUGCUGGCGGAGCGCCUCCACCACCGAGUCAUCAACGACUGUCACCCGGGGGCCACCGUCGAUCGACUGAUCGAAUGUAUCUCUGCAGGCGAGUUUGACUGCGACUCCACGCUCGUAGUUUUCAUAGGGAACAGUGUCGACUGUACUAAGCGAGAUAUUUUAAAACUAUCCGCUACUCUGUCGAAGGUCGACCGAGAAGAGGUUGCGAAGAUCAUUAUUUGUGCGCUCCCGUACAGAAUGUCUAGCAAAGUCAACAAGAGGGUGUUUCACUACAACUCUUUAUUAUAUAAUUUGGCGUUGUAUAGUAGUACGAUUUCGUAUUUUGAUACGAAUAAAUUUAUAGAUGAGUUUGUUAUGCCUUAUAAGAAAACCUACCUACCGAGGAGAUGUUUAGUAGAAUGUGCUGACCUGUUAGCGUAUAACAUUAAAGGCUCCGACGUGGCUAGCACGGCGUUUAAUAAUAAUAUGAAACGGUUUAAUUUUUCAUGCCCCGGUAGCGAGGGUUUCGAGAUGAAGCCGUCUGGUGAUUUGAAUUUAAACUAACAGCUCCGACAACGAGUGCACCAGCCGGCUCCAUUUUUAUUGAUCACUGCGAUGCUAGUAUGAUAGGUAAAACCAAUUUAUUGAACCUGGUUCACCAAAAUAUCCAAGGAUUCACUUGUAAGGAACUUGAAAUUGAUUUGUAUUUGCAGUCGUCGAAUAUUGACAUACUCUGUAUUACUGAGCACUGGCUUAAAGAACAUGAAUUUAUGUUUAAUUUUAAGAAUCAUAGUAUAAUUAGUUCUUUUUUUAGGAAAUCUAGUAACCGUGGCGGGUCAUUAAUAAUGGUUAAGCAUAACUUAAAAAGUAAAGAGCGCAGAGACAUUGUUGACAUGUCUGUAGAACGCCAUAUUGAACUUUCUUGUGUUGAGAUGGACCAAUUUAUCAUUAUAUGCGUGUACAGGCCCCCUUCGGCGGACUAUAAUGUAUUUGAAUCAGUAAUAGAUGACGUACUUAGUAGUGUUUUUAGAACCCAAAAAAGUAUAAUUGUGUGUGGCGAUUUUAAUGUCAACAUACUUGAACAUUCGCCAUUAUGUGGAAGGUUAUUAAACACCUUCAAAUCCUUUAACUUGGUUAACUUAUUCUGCGAACCCACUCGAAUCACAGCAACCAGUGCUACAUGUAUAGAUAACAUUUUUAGUAACAAGGAUGCGAUUAGUAAAUCUGUUAUUAACAACCUAAGUUCUGAUCACUGUGGUCUAAAAGCUUCUUUCAAUGAGAAAACAGAAGAAAUUCCGCAAGAUACUUUAUGUAGGCCAAUCUCUCAAAGGCUCCUAGAUUUAUUUAAUCGUAAUGUUACCAAACGAUUAUGUUGUCUUUCAUGUACGCAAGAAAACCCCAAUUGUUUGAGUUCUGAUUUAUUUAACUGCAUUAAAAAUGAAUUUGAUGUCUGUUUCACUAAAAAGAAAGUAAAAAGCAGGACCAAGACUAAAUUUAGCGACUGGGCUACGCCGGAUAUUCAUAAGACAAGACGCCAACUCUACGACUUAUACGAUUUAAAAGCCACUGAUAAAAGGCCGGAAUUUCUGGAGCAUGUUCGGAAUUUUUCAAAAUCUUUUAAGAUGAUGUGUGUCGCCGCGAAAGCUAAUCACUUGUCUAAAAAGAUCCUAAAUUCUAGUGAUAAGGUUAAAACUGCCUGGCAGGUGAUCGGCAAUGAAACUGGGAAACGUAAAAUGAAGGAUCCGCACUACAAGCUACGAAUUGGUGACGCUUUAGUAAGUUCCGACCGUGAAGUGGCAGAUCAUUUUGAGCAGUUUUUCUCGAAUAUACCGGUAGAAACAACAAAGUCUCUUAAUUCGUCGCCAGAUGUCGCUGAAGAAAUUUUGAAGAGAAAUGUAGCGGAAUGUACAGAAUUCUUCAAAUUUUCGUAUAUCACUCCGAACAUAGUUCUUAAGACUUUUAGAUCACUGAAUUUAAAGAAAACUGAAGAUCUAUGGGGCCUGUCAGUCAAAGUUUUGCAUUCCAUUAUUGAAUCUAUUGCACCAUAUUUAGCUGAGAUUUUCAACAGAUGCAUUGAUGUUGGCACUUUUCCAGAUAUUAUGAAACAUAGCAAAAUUAUCCCGUUGUUUAAAUCAGGAACGAAGACAGAUCCUACGAACUUUAGGCCGAUUUCAAUACUACCUGCAUUAAGCAAAGUGUUUGAGAAACUUAUUUUAAAUCAACUGCUGUCGCAUUUCAACAGAAAUAAACUGCUUGAUAGCAAUCAAUUUGGUUUUACCAAAGGUCGAUCAACCACUGACGCUGGUGCGGUACUCCUAAAGCACAUCUUUGACGCUUGGGAAAAAGCUCAAGAUGCUGUUGGAAUUUUCUGUGAUCUGUCCAAGGCAUUUGAUUGCGUAGAUCACGAAAAUUUAAAACGAAAAUUAAGCCACUACGGGAUAAAAGCCGGUGCCCUCGACUUAGUCUCAUCAUAUCUGUCGGAUAGGACUCAGAGAGUAGUUAUUAAUGGAACUCAUUCGGCGGGGUCCCCGGUAGCCCUCGGAGUGCCUCAAGGUUCAAUUCUUGGUCCCUUCCUCUUUUUAGUAUAUAUUAAUGACCUACCCACUCUUGUUAAAGGCAGACAUGAUAUAGUGUUAUUUGCGGAUGACACUUCUCUUAUAUUCAA